UUCCUGACAUUUUGGAUGCCACCCGCCAUAAAACACGAAGAAGAAGAACUUCCUGACAUUUAUCGAAUUCUUACUUCGGUUCUUCGCAACGCGUAUUUCUAGGCUUAUCAGCAGUGAAAUAAUAUGGAAUACGCCUCCGAAGACGAAUAUAAUUCACAAAUGAAUUUCAACGGGUAUAAAAUAUCUCUAUACAGUGUUGUUAAGUCGGUUACAUACAAUAAUGUUAGUUAGAAAAGCGUGUUGUCGCUGUCUGAUACGAGCUAGUUAAAUGCUAAUCACUCGAAAACACAACGUAGCAUCUUACUAACUACACAUCAUCAUCUUUACUCACCAAAAUGAAGACUCCUGUUGUACUUUUAUGCUUUUUGCUCGCGAAGGGUGUGUUUGGUGCUGAUGUGAAGUCAGUGAUGGAGGGAGAUUCUGUCACGCUACACACUGAUCUUACUGAUUUACAGGAAUAUGAACUUAUACUGUGGACAUUUGGAUCUGGCAGCACCCGUAUAGCUCAGAUCAACAAUGUAGUCAAUAAAAUCUCGCUUUACAAUGAUGUUCUUGACGGGAAAUUCAGAGACAGACUGCAGCUAGAUGACCGGACUGGAUCUCUGACCAUCACAGACAGCAGAACCGAAGACUCUGGACUUUAUGAACUGCAGAUCAUUGGUGGAAAAGAGGUCCCACCCAAGAAAUUCAGUAUUUUUGUUUCUGCUCCUCUGCCUGUUCCUGUCAUCAGCAGUAACUCUUCACAGUGUUCAUCUUCAUCAUCAUCAUGUUCAUUGGUGUGUUCAGUGGUGAAUGUGGGUCAUGUGACUCUCUCCUGGUACAAAGGAAACAGUUUAUUGUCCAGCAUCAGUGUGUCUGAUCUCAGCAUCAGUCUCUCUCUACCUCUGGAGGUGGAAUAUCAGGAUAAAAACAGCUACAGCUGUGUGCUCAACAAUCCCAUCAGCAACCAGACUCAACAUCUGGACAUCACUCAACUCUGUCACACAUGUUCAGUGGAUGCAUCAAGUUUAACCCCAGAAGACGGCUUAUCCUUAGGUCACAUGGUGCUGAUCUGCGUUGUUAUUGUAGUUACUGUACUAGUCUUGGCUGUAGUUGGGAUGUUCAGUAUCUACUGGAAAUAUAGAAAAACCGACCAACCGGGUUCUCCAGGUGAUGAUUUGGCUGAGACAGAUGAACUGAAGACCGUGUCAGUGAGGGUGGGAGAGUCCAUCACUCUAAACACUGGUGUUACUGCAAUACGAAGUUUUGAUGUGCUGCAGUGGAGGUUUGGAGAAUUAAACACAGACAGCACAAACCCAUUCACUGUCAUCGCCAAACUGAAUGAACCAAACAAUUUUGAUGGCACUGUUCAUGAUGAGACAUUCAGACACAGCUACAGACGCAGAGUACAGCUGGAUCAAAAAACUGGUUAUCUUAUAAUUAAUGACAUCAGACCUACAGAUUUUGGAAUUUAUAAACUAAAUAUCUCCAGGAACGGGAGAAAUAUGAUUUCCAAGUCAUUUAUCGUCCGAGAUUCCUCAGAAAACGGAGAGAAUGUUCCAGAGGAGACAAUAACAUUAAUGAAUGGAGAGAUUACUGCAAACACUCGUCUAUAGCGACUGUUACAUUAUCCUUAUUUAUAUAAAACUUCUCUACUUUUAUGAGCCUUUAAAACUAGACAAUGUGUUUGAAAUGAACGCUGCAUACUGUUAACCUGUGAAAAGUAACAUAACAAAGGGUUGCUUUUGAUUUACACUAACUUUUGUUGUUGUUUUACAGUUGAUGGAAGGUUUUAUGCAGAUAUUCCUGUUACAUUAGUGUCAAUUUUACAGUUUUGAUCAGUGUUAAUGAAUGAACGGUUUCUGCCCUCUACAAUCUGUAUUUAAGGGUGUGUUUGUAAAUAGUUGUAACCAAUAAUGUGAAUGAGAGGCUGCAAUUUUGGUCUGAAUGUAAUUUCAGCCUCAUU